CGAUUCUGCUUCACUCCCGUCUCCCACUAAACAAAUGAGAAAAGAUAAUCAGAUGAUGAUCCAAAAAGAUAAAUUAUAAACUAACCAGUCCAAUUGGCUGUACUUAUAUAUGUGUGCGUGUAUAUCUAUAUAUAUGUGUGUCUGUGUACACGAACUCAAAGAGUCUUUUAGAGUGUACUGCUCAGAAGUUUUAAGGCUUUAGAUCGAUAUGGAACAUGAUCAUGGAAUGUCAGGCUUUUGUGUCAAGCCACGCGGUGGCGCAGCUGGUGGCGGUGGCGGUGGCGCUAAGUGUGGACGGUGGAAUCCUACGGCCGAACAGGUUAAAGUUCUGACUGACCUGUUCAGGUCCGGACUCCGAACCCCGAGCACUGAUCAGAUCCAAAAGAUAUCUUCUCAGCUGAGCUUCUAUGGCAAGAUCGAGAGUAAGAAUGUAUUUUACUGGUUUCAAAACCAUAAAGCCAGAGAAAGACAGAAGCGCCGCAGAGUUUCGCUUCCUGAACAUCAUCAACACCACGAUCAGAGCCUCAGAGAAGACAAGGUUUCUUCUGCAAAACAUUUUGUAGAUUCAAAUCAAAUUCCGGAUCCCACCGGAAGAGUGAUCGAAACUUUGCAGCUAUUUCCUUUGAGCUCGUUCGGCGAAUCAGACUCCGACAAGUUGAGGAGGCUGUAUUCAGGCGAUUUCAAGGAGCUCUCCGAAACGGAUCAUCAUCCGCCUUUGGAUCUGCGUUUAAGCUUCAUGUAAACAUUAAACUAAUCUUCGAAUCAGAGAGAAAUCGCUUCGAAUUCGUGUGACGAUUCGGAGAUUGAUCUUUAGGUGUAGCAUUAGGAAGAACAAAAAAGAGAAAAAAAAAAAAAAAGGUGCAGAAGAGACAGAGAUUUCAUGGAUUGCCGUAAAAUUGCACGUAGCUCUAGAAAUUGUGAACUGGUGUGGGGUUGAAAGUUGAAAGUGUUGAAAGUAGUAAAAUGCUUCGACAUUCUCCUCUGCA